AUGGGUGUCGCCGAAGGGGAUGCUGCGCAGGGAGCAGGGGUGCUCGUCGUCCCCGGAGACGGCCUCGUAGCCGGUUCGUGCACAGGGGGCUCUGAGGCGACGGUUCUUAACGGGGUCUUGCGGGCCACCGCAGUGUGCUACGCCGAAAACAAGGCCGGCGUUCUCAGCCUUUCCUCCCGUUUUGCACGCCUCUACACCCCGUAUGAGGGGGACUCGAUAGUGGGGGUGGUCAUAGAGAGGGCCAUUGAUGGAUAUCUUGUCGACAUACGGGCGGCGCUUCCUGCAUUUAUAGGCGCCACUGCAUUCAUUGGGGCGAGCCGUAAGAAUCCUGUCCUUUUGAAGCCCGGAGAUGCCAUCUAUGCGCGGGUCUCCAGCGCUCCCCUCGGCGCACAACCUCAGCUCACUUGCGCCCUUGAUGGCCAUAUGGCUCUCAACACCGUUUCGGCGCACGGACGGGUGGUGUACGGAACGCUGGCCAUGGGUGCCGAGGCGGGAUUGCUCUUUAAAAAACUGGCUAGAUUAAUUCCCUUCAAGGGCUUCGCAGGUCCGAACGGCCUGCUCUGGGUCACGGGAUCUACCCUCUAUGACUCUAUUACGGCGCAGCGUUGCCUAGAGGACCCGCUGGAGAUGGAUGCGAUCGCACAGGAGCGGGCUAACCUCAUCUCUCGCGCCAGCACCACAUAG